CGAAAACAGCUGAUUGGUGGCUGUUUUCUUAUUGUGCAGAGCGAACAAUAAUCGUUGUGAAAUAAAUAAUGAUUGCCAAUUUAAACCCAGCCACCCAGUGAGACGACACCCGCAAUCGCAGCACGAUGCGCGAGCCCAAUCUGUACGUGAUCCUGUCGCACGCGCUAAUCGGCUCCGGCUUCUUCUUCCUGUACGUGCAGCAUGUGCGCGUGAUCUUCGAGACGCGCACCAACAUCCAGCAGCUCAAUCAGCUGGAACGGGAGGCGCUCCUGAGGCGCGAAGAUGCCCUGUACUAUGCCUUUUACAAGCAGCUGGCCGACGGACCGGACUUCUGGCACGGCUACGAGCAGCUGAAGAACGUCACGGACAUCGAGUAUCCGCACAGUGUCAAUGUGCUGGAGCGAUUCUAUGUGCUGCCGGAGCUGGUCACGGCGUACUUCUAUCACGUAGUGCGCUCCGGAUUUAAUCCAAUGGUGCAGCCCAUGCAGUUCUAUCUGGAGUUCGUGUGGCUAAUGGGCGGGGUAACCCUACUGGUCCUCUACCUGUACGGAACGCUGCUCAGCGAGAACAUUUUCGGUGGCAUAUACGGUGUGAUCUCGUACCUGAUGUUCCACAGCUUCGUGGCUAAGAUCUAUGAGCGUCCGCUGGCACGGGAGAACUUCGCCUUUCCGUUCAUAUUCCUGCAGAUGUUCUACUUGUGCAUCUGCAUCGGAAGGAUCAUACACCGACAGCGGCACACAUCGCGCUUGUUCAUGGUCUUCGCCAUGUCGCUGUUCACCGCCUGCGCCCUACUCUCUUGGCAGUUCUCCGCCUUCAUCUUCACCACCCAGAUCCUGAUCAUGAUGACGUCCUGGAACGUGAGCUCGCUGCCCACGGGUCUGGUCAACGCUUUCAUGCUGGACUACUCGCUGUCUCACCUGCUGGGCCACGCUCUCGCCUUUGUGAUGUCGCACGGCAACAGCCAGCUGCUCUUUACCUUUCAGCUGAGCAUCUCGCUGUUCCUAUUUUUGAUCACAGUGGUGCGACAGUUGCGUCAUGUGCGCAGCCGGCGGCUGGGACACGCGCAGGAUCCGCUGCAAGGCGACUAUUUCUCAUUGAAGCUCAUCAUGCUGACACUGCUCCUCGCCAGCACCAUGCAGACUACAAUGUUGGAGCUCCUCAACCGGGCGGGAGUCGUCAGUGUGACGGUGGGCGCCCAGAGGCACUUCUUCGAUCUCUGUGCCCACUGGGCUCUGCAGGUCAAUAUCGGUUUUGUCGCCCACCUCUCUGCCUGUAAUCCACAGUACGCGCGCGUCGCCUGGUCGGAACUGUGGCAACUGGUCAAGACGAUGAUUGUUAAGCCGUACUGCAUGUACGGCGUGGUCAUGCUGGCCAUGUUCUUUCGCCGCUGGCGUAAGAGCGGCGCCCCUGUCAGUGCCGUCACCGAGGAGCAGCGCGAGAGAGCCCGCAACUACGUUUUGGAGGACUUCCUUGAGGAGCAUCGCGUCUCCAUGGGCGACAUGUCCAACAAGGAGACGGAGAAACAGCUGCAAAAGUGCUUCCGCCUGCUCAAGAGCUGCGACCACGACUACGAGCGCUACAAGCGCGCACAAGCCCGCCUGCGUAAGGAGCAGCCGCCCGCCCGCGACGACUUUAUGCAGGAUAUCAAGCGGCUGCGGGCGCAGAUUAACCGCAACAGUGACAAACAGCGCAAGGAGCGAGCACAGGUAACCAAAGAAGCGGGCGCCGACGAGGCCAGCACGCCGACAGAGGAAGAUAGGGAUCCGGAACUGGAACCGAAGGAGGAGAAUCUAGAGCAAGGGAGUACCGAAACGGAACCCGAGUCUGCAGCAGAUCCCACUGAAACGCUGCCGUCCACGUCCGCGGCCGACGAAGAGGAGGAGCCCUCUGACACCGCCACCGCCGCCGGCUGCAGCUCAAACUCGAGUGGCCAACGACGCAGGAAGCGAAGCUCCUCCAGGCGCAGCUCCGUGGUGCCGACGGCCAACGCACAGAUCCUCAACAUGCACUACAUGUACAGCUUCCUGCAGAUGGUGAUCUUCACGUUUAUGGGACUCGCCGUGCGCAAGCUCUUCUUCCUCAGCUUUACGCAGGGCUGCGUCAUCGCACCAACCGUCUGCUCCAAGGUGUGGUACCAUCGCCAGCGCAACAUCUUCUGGUCGGUCUCGCUGGCCGUCUUCCUGCUCAGCAUGUUCGAUCCGGGAAUGGUGAACAUUCGCGAGGAGUACUUCCCAACGCGCUACUCCAAGAGCGGUGACGACCUGGACAGCAUGCUCGAGUGGAUCAAGCUAAACACGGAACGGGAUGCGGUCUUUGCCGGCCCCGUGGAUAUCAUUGGCACCGUGCACCUGACCACCAAACGGCCCAUAGUCAACCAUGCGCACUUGGAGAUGCGUCAGAUGGCGGAGCGCACAGAGCACGUGUACUCGGUCUACAGUCGUCAGCAGUCGUCGGAUAUCUACAACCAGUGCGCCCAGCUGAAGAUCCAGUACUUGAUCAUAUCACUGGACGAGUGCACCAACGAAGUGCGCGACGAUUGCGAUCUGCUGGCCAUAUGGGAUGACGAGCAGCCGGCCUACCAAAAAUACCCGCAGUUCUGCCACGAGCUGCUCCACAAGAACGUGCCCAGCUUCCUGAAGGUGUUCGCCAACGACCACUACGGCAUCAUCAAGAUGUUCUCGCAGAGCGUCCAGAUCAACCUCAAGCACAACAAGAUGCCCGAGAUGUCCAUAUAGGGGUGGGAGUCCACGGAGGCGGGAUGAAUGAAAUGGUGGGAUGGGGAUUCGACUGUGUUGUGUUGUACGUAGCUGUGUGAGCUGUGUGACUAGGAAUUAGCAUUUUACGAUGUGUGUGUAUUAUGAUUACGUUUAGUAUUGCCCCAACCCCCAACCCAUAACGCUCCCAUUCCUGAACCCAAUCCCGAUCCCCAUCCCUGCUCCAACUGCAGUUGCAGGGGAGAGAUGAGCUGAUUUGAGAUGAGAUGAGAUUGCAGAUUGCAAUUUGAAGAAGGCCCCUUCCGCUAGAUAGUAAACUGGAUGCAUUUAGCAGCUUGACUUGUUUCUCUUGCGAUCCGCGCCACUGCGUUCAGACCUCGUUUGGAUCAUUCCCCGCGCCCCGUGCCCUCGCAUUCGAAUAAGUUAAUCUAGCCGAACGGAGCGACCUAAACUCUAAAUACUUUCGUUAAGUUUAAGCUAAGCUUUUUACAUUUACGCAUGUAGUAUAUGACGAGAUGUGACGUGAGUGCCGCAGUGAAAGUGGCUGCAUGUGGACGAUGUGCACCCGGGAGCCACGAUCCCAGACCCAGAAACAAAACGGGCGAAACGCAUUUGCCAGGCAAUAAGUGAAAUAAAACGAUACAUUUGAAAAAAUCA